GCUUUAUUUUUCAAUUCUUGCUAGUCCCGGUUUUGCAUUUCUAAUGACAGUGAACUGACAGCGCGUGAAAGCGGUCUGAGGAGCAAAACAAAGCCAGCAAGCCUGCUUCUGGUGUGCCAAGAUUAAUCAAUAUUCCAGAAACCUCGGGGUUUCCCCCUCCUCCCCUAUGCGGUUUCCAUUCCCCGCUCCUCCUUUCCCGGGCACAGACUCCUCCCCUUUUCUUAAGUUGCCCUGAUAGUAACUUGCAGUCUCAGAGCACAUGCACACUGUCAGGGCUAGCCUGCCUGCUUACGCGCGCUGCGGAUUGUUGCUCGGUUGUACCUGCUGGGGAAUUCACCUCGUCACUGCUUGCUAUCUUUCACCCUUUACAAAAUUAGAAAAGCUGUGUUUUCUAAUACCAAAGAGGAGGUUUGGCUUUCUGUGGGUGAUUCCCAGACACUGAAGUGCAAAGAAGAGACACUCCUAGAAAAGUAAAAUAUGACUAAAAGCAAUGGAGAAGAGCCCAAGAUGGGGGGCAGGAUGGAGAGAUUCCAGCAGGGAGUCCGUAAACGCACCCUUUUGGCCAAGAAGAAAGUGCAGAACAUUACAAAGGAGGAUGUUAAAAGUUACCUGUUUCGGAAUGCUUUUGUGCUACUCACUGUCACCGCUGUCAUUGUGGGUACAAUCCUUGGAUUUACCCUCCGACCAUACAGAAUGAGCUACCGGGAAGUCAAGUACUUCUCCUUUCCUGGGGAACUUCUGAUGAGGAUGUUACAGAUGCUGGUCUUACCACUUAUCAUCUCCAGUCUUGUCACAGGAAUGGCAGCCCUAGAUAGUAAGGCAUCAGGGAAGAUGGGAAUGCGAGCUGUAGUCUAUUAUAUGACUACCACCAUCAUUGCUGUGGUGAUUGGCAUAAUCAUUGUCAUCAUCAUCCAUCCUGGGAAGGGCACAAAGGAAAACAUGCACAGAGAAGGCAAAAUUGUACGAGUGACAGCUGCAGAUGCUUUCCUGGACUUGAUCAGGAACAUGUUCCCUCCAAAUCUGGUAGAAGCCUGCUUUAAACAGUUUAAAACCAACUAUGAGAAGAGAAGCUUUAAAGUGCCCAUCCAGGCCAACGAAACGCUUGUGGGUGCUGUGAUAAACAACGUGUCUGAGGCCAUGGAGACUCUUACCCGAAUCACAGAGGAGCUGGUCCCAGUUCCAGGAUCUGUGAAUGGAGUCAAUGCCCUGGGUCUAGUUGUCUUCUCCAUGUGCUUCGGUUUUGUGAUUGGAAACAUGAAGGAACAGGGCCAGGCCCUGAGAGAGUUCUUUGAUUCUCUUAACGAAGCCAUCAUGAGACUGGUAGCAGUAAUAAUGUGGUACGCCCCCGUGGGUAUCCUCUUCCUGAUUGCCGGGAAGAUUGUGGAGAUGGAAGACAUGGGCGUGAUUGGGGGGCAGCUUGCCAUGUACACUGUGACUGUCAUUGUUGGCUUAUUCAUUCACGCAGUCAUCGUCCUGCCACUCCUCUACUUCUUGGUAACACGGAAAAACCCUUGGGUUUUUAUUGGAGGGUUGUUGCAAGCACUCAUCACUGCUCUGGGGACCUCUUCAAGUUCUGCCACCCUACCCAUCACCUUCAAGUGCCUGGAAGAGAACAAUGGCGUGGACAAGCGUGUCACCAGAUUCGUGCUCCCUGUAGGAGCCACCAUUAAUAUGGAUGGGACUGCCCUCUAUGAGGCUUUGGCUGCCAUUUUCAUUGCUCAAGUUAACAACUUUGAACUGAACUUCGGACAGAUUAUUACAAUCAGCAUCACGGCCACGGCUGCCAGUAUUGGGGCAGCUGGAAUUCCUCAGGCAGGCCUGGUCACCAUGGUCAUUGUGCUGACAUCUGUCGGCCUGCCCACUGACGACAUCACGCUCAUCAUCGCAGUGGACUGGUUCCUGGAUCGCCUCCGGACCACCACCAACGUACUGGGAGACUCCCUGGGAGCCGGGAUUGUGGAGCAUUUGUCUCGACAUGAACUGAAGAACAGAGAUGUUGAAAUGGGUAACUCAGUGAUUGAAGAGAAUGAAAUGAAGAAACCAUAUCAAUUGAUUGCACAGGACAAUGAAACUGAGAAACCCAUCGACAGUGAAACCAAGAUGUAGACUAACAUAAAGAAAUGCUUUCUUGAGCACCAGGUGUUAAAAACCAUUAUAAAAUCUUUCCAUCUCAUUACAGCUCAUUCUCUCCAGCAAGCCCCUUAAUCCCCUUUCCUCCCUUCUGAUAAGAUUGGAAAGUAAUCCUCCAAAAAACAAGGGAGGAUUUUGGGUGGCCAAAGUGUAUAAUUUUCAUCCCACAAUUGAAAUUUUUACAUCAUUUCAUGUUAGUCUUACCUAAUAAGGUACCAAGAUCAAAAAUAUUCUGGAUCAGAUCUUACAAGUUUAUGUGGCACACAAUCCUAUAAAUGUGAUUUUUUUUAUAUAAGUUAAACAAAUAGUAGGCUAAAAACAUUUUAUAAUCAACUUUUGAGAUUUAAAAAUCUUUCAGAAUACAAUUGAGUUUUAGUUUCAAAAUGUUAACAACUUGAAUUACAACCGGUUAUCAGCUGAACAGUAAGAUUUUGUCCCUUUCUCUUCUGACUGGUAUACUGAUUUCAUUAGUAGCGAGGUGCACAUAUACAUCUAGCACAGCCGUGAGGAGAGACAGAGGCAGUUUCCAUGUGGCCUUGAGUAAAUCCCAUCUCACCUCUAGGCCUCAGUGUCCUCAUCUAUAAAAUGAGGGACUUCCCUAGAUGUCUUCGUGGUCUCUUCCAGCCCAGACAUCCUGUCAUGUCAUGAAAGCGCCUGCCCUCUAUUUCCCCUCAGAACACCCUGUACCAUCCAUGGAGCACAGGGCUUUCAGAAAGGACACUUUAAUGGGAGUGAAAAUUUCUAAGGACAGGAUGGCUAUGUGUGGUGGUCACCAGGUCCUGUGUGCAAAGUGCAGGUUAUGCAAGUCACCAGGCAGGAGGCCAUUCCAGGACUGGGAUUAUUCGUAAAACCCUUUGCCCAGUUCAUCCCAAUGGGGGAAGUAUUCCCUUCUUACUCUGGGAAGAAUGUCUCCCGCCACUCCUCAAACAGAAGAGAAGGUAGCAGCUAGCAAGGGUGCUUGUGGGCACACUAUGGAACACUAAAGAGCUAGGAAAGAGUUGAGCACAGGCAACAUUAUAAACAAAGGAUUUGAAAACACCAAGAGUACAGGUCUUCUUUAAGGAAGAAUAAAAAAGAGGUUCAUUUUUUUGGCUUUUUUUUUUUUCACCUGAAACACUUCUUCUCUUGAGUCCAAAAUCAUUCCCCCAUGAAGUCUGCCUACCAAAACAUAAAGACCACUUAUAUAUUUGAAAGAAGUCAAACGAAUGAGCUGUCUAAUAGAAGUCCAUGAGUUGAGUGGGUAUUUUUUAUUUGAAAGUGCUUUUCUUUAAUCAAAAGUCCUUAGAACGAGAGAAACAAAAUAUUUCUGUUUUGGAAUCCCACUUAUCAAAUCAUUCAAAACUUUCAGCUGGAGUGGGGUUUGCUUUUGUUUUGUUUGUGUCCAUAAGAAAAAUGGUAGAAGAUGAAUCAGUAUGAAGACACUGUCAAUGAGGUUAUGAGAAAAAACAGCAGGGGCAUUAGUUUCAGGCAAGGCAGCUCCCAGGUUUAGAGAUUAAUUUUUACCCCCUAAGGAAUAUCCAGUCAAAGACGCUGAGUGGGAGCUGUCAGGCAGUAGCAGCUGUGUUUGAGUUUCUGGCUGAAAAUGGUGAAGAAUGGACUUAAUUAUGCUAACAGACUGAAAAUCUAGACAUACAUCCUCUGAUAUACAAUUAGAGAUAUUUUUAUAUAGACCCCAAGCAUUCUGUGUAUAAAAGUUAACAUUAGGCUGUGAUGGAGUAACCAUUUAAUGUCGAGGCUCUAUUUGGGAAAUACACUACAAAUGUUAAUGUAUGUGGCUGUCAUCUUAAGAUACUAGUAGAGCAAAGACUUAAUCAUAUCAACUUAAUUCUGUUACACAAUUUUUUUACAUACUAACCAUUUCUUAUGGAAAGAUCCUGUAGGGAGCCCAUCCUCUCACCAAGCCAUCACAAGCUCUGCAUACACAUGCAUUCAGUGUGGACUGGGAAGCAUUACUUUGUAGAUGUAUUUUGAAUAAAGAAAAAAAAUAGUUUUACAUUAA